AUGAAUUUAAAUGAAAAUGCAUUGCUUUAACUCACCAGUAGAGUUGCUGCACCCAGGAGAGCCACCGUGUUUAGUUAUACCAAAAAAGGAUUGAAUUUGAGGCCGGAUAGUCCAAAAACCAGAGAGGCUUGUCUGGCUUUGGGUUACGAUCCCUCUAUCUUCAAACUCAAGUAAUGAAGCAUUAUCACAUUAAGAAAAUUGGAAGAAUUCGGAGGAGCCAAUGUCACUGAAGCAGUUCAGAAGAUGAGAUAUGAUCAUUAUGUAAAAAAAAUGGAAAGUAUAUUCUCCAUCUUAUAGAAAGUUACAUUCAAGGAGAUCUCCAAGAAGAGAAAAUAAAUAACCAAGAAGAAUAAAGGAUUGCAAAAUAUUUAAUUAGAAAAAUCAUUCCAUCGAGAUGAGGGGUAUCUCCAAAUGCUCAUUUACAUUUUAUUAGUUUGAUCAAUGAUUUGAUAGAAACUUACAAUAAAAAGAUGGUAAACCUCAAGAUACAGGAAGAGGAAAACGAUAAUUCCUACGAAUCCUUCGACGAGGAAGAUCCAGUUCUAGUCUUGGAGGAAUAAUUGGAAAAGGAGAUCAGAAAGUAUAAGAGAGCUCUGGGAGUGAAGGCCAAGGAGGUUCAUCAUCAGUUGGAGAAUGAGAAGAGAAGACAUUUGUUACAAUAGGAAAUGGAAGAAAGAGAAAAAAAAAUUGCUGAAUUAAAUGAAAAGAUCAGGAAGGAAAAGAUGCUAAAGAAGAAAAAGAAAUUGGAAGCUGCUUAAAAGAAAUUCAACGAAAUCAAAAACAAAGAGAAGUAAUUUAACCUAAAAUAAAUUGAUGAACGCAAGAGAUAAUUAGAAAGAUUUGAAGAAUUGGGAAAAAAAUUAUAACUCGAUGAAUAAAUUAAGAAAAAAGAAAUUGAAGAACAUGAAAAAACAUUGAGAUAAAAAUUUGAAACUGUCAGAGCAAACAAAAGAAAAUUCGAUAAAUUCAUGGAAGAUAAAAUGACACUUACUCUAUCCAAUUUGCAAGUUAAAUGUAAUUCUAUUCUCCUUAUCACCUAGAAAAUGAGUGCAAUUCCAAUAAAGAGAAGUUUACAUGGGAAAGUAAAUUAGAAAAAUUAACUAUGAGGAGUUCUCAUUAUGAUGAAAAACUAAGAAAAAUCAAACUGCAAACUGAAUAAAAGGAAGCAGAAACUAUUUAGAAAGUUGUAGAAAAAAUGUUUAACAAAGAAUAAGAACUAUAAAGUAUUUUAUAUUUGUUUAUAUAUUUCAGUGCUUGAAAAAUAAAAGUUAAUAAAUGAAUAAGCAAAACUAAAAGAAGAACUUACCAAACGUAAAAAAGCUUAGGAUUCAUUGAAAAGAAUCUAAUCCCUGUAAUUGCAACGAGUCACAGAUCUAGAGAAGAGGUUCUUGGAUUAAGAUGAGUUGACUAGCAGACGAAAAGAUGAAAAAGACUUUUAAAAAUACAUAAGAAAAGAAAAAAUGAAAAUUAAAUAACAAGACUUGGUCGAAAAUUAUUAAAGAUAAGAAAGACUUAAAGAUUUAAGAUUUAAAUAAGUGAUUAAAGAUAGUCAAUAGUUAAAUGAGCAAAAGGCUUUAGAAAAACUCUCCAUGGAAUUGGUCAGAAAAGCUCAAUAAGAAUUGCAAAGAAAACUAAAAUAAGAGAAUGAGCAUCUUGAUAGAAGUUUAGUCUCUGUUAGUUAAGCAGAUAAUAAAUCUAUGGGGUAUUUAUUUGUUAAUAUCUAUGCAGAAACCUUGUGAAUUAAUUGGAAAAAAGCCUUAUGCAAUAUUCCUAAAUGAUUUGA